AUGGCACCUGCACCAUCUACUGCACAAGAAAUACGCACGCGCCUCAUUGCAGAACCUUUCUGGCUCCAAGUAUGCAGCUUCGUCAUAGCGGUCUUUACUUCCCACUCUACCUUUGGCACUGUAGACUGGAGACCGGUUGUCGUGCUCUGUUCAGCCGAUUAUAUAGGAUAUGGACUUGAUCAUUACCUAGACCAGGCACCGGUAUACGCACAAGCGCGAGAGCUUGACGAUCGCGACGUCUUGUCCGUCUUCUCGCGUGCACGGAUAUACCUCAUCCUCAAUGCUGCCGCAUUGCUGAUCGGGCUGCUGUGCUGUCCUCCCUCGACGUGGGUGCUGGUCGCAUGUAUCCUCGUACCUGCGCUCUUGUGGAACACACCGCUGUUUGAUUGGCCAGCUGUGACCUCGAUAGGCGACGCCAAACGUUCGUUCGUCCUAAAACGUGUUCCGGUCAUGAAGGCGGUAUUUGUCGGUGUCAUUCGUGGCUCAGGGUUCUUUCCGGUGAUAUGGUCCGUUAUGUCUGCACCUGUCUCUAGGACCUGGGACCCCGUGAGGCUUAUGGUCUGGUCCACCAUCAACUGGACAUGCAUGUCUGUGAGUCUCAUCACACACGACAUGCGAGACUUUGAGGAGGACAAGACGGCGCGUAUACCGACGAUACCUGUUCUUCUCGGAUCCGUGUAUGGGGCCAGGAUGCUCAUCACGGCGGUCCAGCUGGCAGUACUCAUGGCAUGUUCAAACGACCUCUACAUCGUGUCCUGCUCCCUCUGGAUCAUCACCCUUGCGUGGCGCGUGGAUGAACAAAGUCCCCGGUGGCUAUUUAUAUGCAUCUCCCACGCACAUACUCCAAUAUUCCUUGUGUAUGGUCUCGUCCAGUGGCACAGAUAG